AUGAGAGCAGCCAAGGGGCUGCGUGUCUGGGCUGCUGCAGUCCAAGGGGAAGGGUCCCUCCUCACUUCACCCUGUCCUGGGUCUCCCCAGGUGAGUGGCAUCAAGGCGCUAUACGAGUCAGAGCUGGCCGACGCCCGGAGAGUCCUGGAUGAGACAGCUCGAGAGCGCGCCCGGCUGCAGAUAGAGAUUGGGAAGCUGAGGGCAGAGUUGGACGAGGUCAACAAGAGCGCCAAGAAGAGGGAGGGAGAGCUCACGGUGGCCCAGGGCCGUGUGAAGGACCUGGAGUCCCUGUUCCACCGGAGCGAGGUGGAGCUGGCAGCUGCCCUCAGCGACAAGCGCGGCCUGGAGAGUGACGUGGCCGAGCUGCGGGCCCAGCUGGCCAAGGCCGAGGACGGUCAUGCAGUGGCCAAAAAGCAGCUGGAGAAGGAGACGCUGAUGCGUGUGGACCUGGAGAACCGCUGCCAGAGCCUGCAGGAGGAGCUGGACUUCCGGAAGAGUGUGUUCGAGGAGGAGGUGCGGGAGACGCGGCGGCGGCACGAGCGGCGCCUGGUGGAGGUGGACAGCAGCCGGCAGCAGGAGUAUGACUUCAAGAUGGCACAGGCGCUGGAGGAGCUGCGGAGCCAGCACGACGAACAAGUGCGGCUCUACAAGCUGGAGCUGGAGCAGACCUACCAGGCCAAGCUGGACAGCGCCAAGCUGAGCUCUGACCAGAACGACAAGGCGGCCAGUGCGGCUCGCGAGGAGCUGAAGGAGGCCCGCAUGCGCCUGGAGUCCCUCAGCUACCAGCUCUCCGGCCUCCAGAAGCAGGCCAGCGCCGCUGAAGAUCGCAUCCGGGAGCUGGAGGAGGCCAUGGCCGGGGAGCGGGACAAGUUCCGGAAGAUGCUGGACGCCAAGGAGCAAGAGAUGACGGAGAUGCGGGACGUGAUGCAGCAGCAGCUGGCCGAAUACCAGGAGCUGCUGGACGUGAAGCUGGCCCUGGACAUGGAGAUCAACGCCUACCGGAAGCUCCUGGAGGGCGAGGAGGAGAGGCUGAAGCUGUCCCCCAGCCCAUCCUCGCGCGUCACCGUCUCACGAGCCACCGAUCAGUCUCUGGGGAACUGGAGAAUUAAGAGGCAGAUCUUGGAGGGGGAGGAGAUCGCCUACAAGUUCACGCCCAAGUACGUCCUGCGCGCCGGCCAGAUGGUCACGGUGUGGGCCGCUGGUGCUGGAGUGGCCCACAGCCCCCCCUCGACGCUGGUGUGGAAGGGCCAGAGCAGCUGGGGCACGGGCGAGAGCUUCCGCACCGUCCUGGUUAACGCGGAUGGCGAGGAAGUGGCCAUGAGGACUGUGAAGCAGUCCUCAGUGGUGCGAGAGAAUGAGAAUGGGGAGGAAGAGGAGGAGGAAGCCGAGUUCGGCGAGGAGGAUCUUUUCCACCAACAGGGGGACCCGAGGACCACCUCGAGAGGCUGCUACGUGAUGUGAACCCACACUCCUCAUCCACACACCUUUCUUUACCCAGAGCCACUGAAAACUAUUUUUAUAUCAUUGGCUUUCUUUAGUUCUUGAUACAUUUCUAGAGAAUUUCUAAGCAAACUGCCAGAACGUGUGGGUGGGUCUCCCCCAGCCUUCCCUCCCUGCAGGUAUCCUCCAGCCUCACUUCGCUGCCACUUCACCGCUGCCCCGGAGACUUUUCAGUCCCACCCCACUCCCCAUCUCACCAUUUGGUCAAAUUGGAAGCCCAGGGCCAGGACCCCGAGGUUUAGAAGAUGCUCGGGCUUGGAGGGAGGAGGGCCGGCGAGGCUAGAGCGGGGACAGGAGACGGCCCCGAUGCGGACAGAGCGCGGAAACCGCGUAGGAAUUCAGUGGUGGUGGGUUUUUUGAAGGCUUUCUACAAAACCAAAUUCAGAAUCCAGGCGUCGACCUGGUGGGGCUGGGGGCCAAGCCUGCAUUCUGGCUGCCCAGCUUCUGACAGCAGGAGCUCCUCAGGCAGCCACGCAGUGGGUGUGGAGCACCGUGGGGGUGGCGUGGCCCCCAGGGUGGGUUUUCGCUCCGCUGCCUGGGCUUCCAGAUUCCCGUUCUGACAGCCCACCGGCCGGGUUUCUCGGACCGUUGACUUUAUUUGGGGGAGUUUUCCCUCAGGUCAGUUCCUGACUCUGCAGGGCCAACAGGGCAGGGGAGGGGAAGACCCGGGGAAGGGAGAAUGAGGACAGUCCCGUUGUAAGACCUGUCACAUUAAGCAGGGAGGGGACACAGCUGGUUGCCUCGGAGGCAGAGGCUGUGAGAUUCAGAGCAGCUGUCUGCAGGGAACGCCACCAUGUGGACUCCCUGGAGGAGAGCGCUGUGGAGCCCCUCCCGGGUUCCGGCUCCGUCUGCCCUGCGCCUAGAUACACACAUGCAUCUACCCAUACCGUAGCUUUCAUCUGUGAUUCUCUCGCUGAAGCCAUGUUUCUCAGAUAGGCCAAGGCCACCUGACUCCUAUCACGAUGCCCCCAAUCCCCUCAGUCCAGCUUCCCAACACCUGGCACCCCCUUUGGCAAUAGCUCACCGUUUACACCCUCCCUCAUAGAUACACAGAAGUUAUUUUUUUAAUGGAUAUUUAUUUUUUUACAUUGGUCAGUACGCAGGUCAGGAGCUCACGCCAGGGCCUUGAGGACAGGCUGACUCUCCUCCCCGGGGUGGUGUGGGACUGGGGGUCACUCCGACAGCAAAGCCUCCUUCAGAAAGUGCAGCUCGAGUCUUAAAGACACCAAAACUGAGCCGUUGGCACGCGCCGUCUCCAGGCCUUGGCAGGGUGGGGGCGGCACCGCUCCCCUGUCACUGUGCAUCCCGCCUCCCUGGGGACUUGCCAGUGGGAGGAAGGAAUGGGGGGGCCCCAGCCCCAGGCCGGGAAGUAGCCAGCGGCCGACAAAGCAGAAACACCCGCUGCUCCAUGUAGCCCCCGCUCGCUGUCCUUGCUCUCAGAAGUCCCUGUCCCAUGUGGAUCAAGGGGGGGCGUGUCUUACCAAAGCAUUUCCUCCUGGAGGGGCCCCACAGGCUACCACGCUGUGCUCCCAGUCAGGCGGCUGGUAGGGAGCUUUGCCCGCCCCAGGGAUACCCUCUGCCAGCCGCUGGAAGUGGGAGUGCUGGCGACAGACUCCUCUUCCCCACCUUCAUGGCAGGAAUCACCUGGACUCCAGUGGCCGGGCUUCGUGCCAGCGCGUGUUCCGGGGGUGGGUCUUGGUGGUCUUGUCCUGUGCGGAGUAUGCAGUGGUCUCAGCCACAUCCUAUGUAUUUGGGGCCUGGGGGAGCAAAGCUGUAUCCUGGAGUUGGUCUGUAAUUUGCUGACAGCUUCGCAGGCUGGGCUCAGGGACAAAUUUCCCCCCCCAAAGCCGGCAGGUCCUGGUGUCCAGACGCUGCCCAGCCCUGUCCUGAACACAGCACGCCCCAGGUCCACAGAACCCCCCACCCUACAUUUGCCUUGGGUGGAGCUGGGGGUGGUCCUAGGACUGCAGGUGCCCUUAGCUGAAGGGAGUGGGGAGAGGUGUGGACUGUGCAGCCUGUGGGUGAUUGGAGGUUCAUUGAGAAUUGAGUCUUUGGAAACACUAAGAAAAUCAAAGUUUUAAAAGUUAUUUAUGGCCUGGGAAACAAUUUGCAUUUGUCCCCAAAUACGCUUAGCUGUGUGCCGCUUAGAAUGAUGCGAAACCAUCCCUCUGUGUAAGCCCAUGCUGUGACUCCAAGCCUAGCGCCCUCCCUGCGAAGCAUCAGACGCCGCCCAGCCCUGGGGGGAGGCCCACGGCUGCUGGACCAACGCGGGUUCUGGGGUGCACAGCCCAAGGUUAACGCGGAAGCCUGCCCCGCUGAGCCCAGGAGCCAGGAGGCCUGCGGGCUGACCCAGAAUCCGAUCAUGCACCUGUCCUCAUGCCAGCGGCUUUGGCUGGGGUUGGUCUGAGGCCUGCACGCGGCAGUUCCUUGUUAAAGAUCCAAGGGACUCAGUCCUGGGGCGUCGUCGCCUGCAGCGUCUUCCAAGCCCUGCGUCCAGCGAGCGUCACAGCACAACCUGCAAACGGAGCUGGGCUGUAGCCUUGGGGCUGGCAUGGACUUUGAUUUCCGAGAUUCGGUUUUUAAGAAGAUGCAUGCCAAAUGUGGUGUUCUUUUUUUUUUUUUUUUCCAAUGAUUUGUAAUAUACAUUUUAUGACUGGAAACUUUUGUACAACACUCCAAUAAACAUUUUGAUUUUA